AAUGGUGGAUCUGAGGCGAUGGCGCCUCGAGGCGCUGCAGCAAAUGCGGCUUGCGCUGCCGAUGAUGGGUGUUAAUCUCAUGCAGUUCGCCAUCCAGAUCACGUCCGUGAUGCUCGUCGGCCAUCUCGGCGAGCUCCAGCUCUCGAGCGCCUCCAUCGCGACAUCGCUGUGCACGGUCACCGGCUACAGUCUCUUGCAAGGCCUUGCCACCGGCCUUGAGACCCUGUGCGGCCAGGCGUUUGGAGCCAAGCAAUACCACAAGGUCGGCCUCUACUUGUAUCGAGCAGUGCUGGUUCUUCUCGCCGUCGCGAUUCCAGUGGCAGUGCUAUGGCUCAACAUGGAAAGUUUCCUCCUCGUCCUCCAUCAGGCUCCAGACAUAUCGUCCAGCGCUGGAAUCUACGCGCGAUGGCUCGUCCCGGGGCUCUUCGCAUUUGGCUUCCUCCAGCCACUCAUCAAGUUUCUCCAAGCGCAGAGCUUCGUGCUUCCGAUGUUCUUGUGCUCGUCGGUGACUUUGGCGGUCCACGUUUCGAUCUGCUGGGUGCUCAUAUACAAGGUUGGUAUGGGAAACGCUGGAGCAGCACUGGCGACGAGUGUUUCCAACUGGAUCAACGUCUUCUUCCUCGCCGGAGUGGCGCUGCUCACUCCCCAGUGUCGCAAGUGUUUGCCAGAGUUAUCCAUGGAGGUUUUCGAGCAUGUUUUCGACUUUUUGAAGUUGGCAGUGCCUUCUACGCUCAUGUUCUGCUUGGAGUGGUGGUCGUUUGAGUCCCUCGUUUUGCUCUCAGGCGUUCUUCCCAAUCCCAAGCUUGAGACGUCCGUGUUCUCCAUCAUGCUAAACAUCAUCAACUUCUGCUACAUGGUUCCUUAUGGUAUCAGUGCAGCAGCAAGUACUCGCAUUUCCAACGAGCUCGGUGCCGGGCAUCCAUUUGAAGCUCGGCUCUCGCAGGGCGUUUCUUUCGGCCUGGCUGCCAUUGACGCAGUGUUUGUGUCAACCCUCCUGUUUUGCCUCCGUGACGUUCUUGGCCGGGCUUUCAGCAAUGAGGCAGAAGUGGUCGGCCAUGUUUCGCGAAUGAUUCCAAUUCUUGCUGCAAUGACCGUCAUGGAUGCAUUUGCCGGAGUUGUAUCGGGUUCUGCUAGAGGGUGUGGUUGGCAGAUGCUUGCAACAAUUGCAAACUUGGGAGCCUUUUACGUUGUUGGUUUGCCUGUAGGAUGUAUCCUAGCAUUUGUCGUUGGUCUCGGUGGCAAGGGACUUUUGAUUGGAGUUCUCUCGGGAGUGUCAACGCAAGCUGCAGUUCUGUCUGUAAUAGCCCUCUCCACAAACUGGGCAAAGCAGGCACAAGCAGCGAUGAUUCGUGUGGACUCCGAGACAAUCCCACUCCUUUGCUAAGUUUCUAGCUUUGUCUUUUGGCCAUUUUGAAAAGUCGUCUUUGAUA